UUGUGCCCUGUUAGCACAACUUAGCUAAAGUAGCUAACAUUAGCCGUAAGUGUGCAGUGCUCGGUGUGCCCAGUAAGCUAGUGUUAGCUUGGGUUCCAAUAAAACUCCAAUAAAACCAACAGGUGACGUCACAUCUCACUACGACCAGCUUUAUAUAUAAGACGUUAGGCUAGCUAGUAUGCUUCUAAGACAUCAAAUGAACCAAACAACAAACCAAAUGUUUAACUAACUAGCCCGCUAAGUUAACUAGCAUGCUAACAGUGUGCUAAGCUAACCAGCAUACUGCCCAAGCCACCAACCAAACAACAAAGAGCAUGUUAAGCUAACUAGCAUGCUAUAUGAUCUAUUCAAUUCAUGUCAAAAUACUUUGUUCAUCCCUUAAAGGGGCAACUUGAAGCAAACGAGUUAACAAACAAAAGUAGACAAUUAAUUAAUUAAAACAUUUGACAUUGUUAGAAAGAGCUGAAAUACACAAAGAUUGAUAUAAUUAAUGCAAUUAAUUAAUGACAGCGGUCGGUCUGUAACUCACUGACAAUAUCCAACACCACAAAGGCAUAAUUAUGUAAAAAAUAUCAAACUAGCAUGCUAACAGAAAGCCAUGCUAACUAGCAUGCUGCCUGAGCCACCAUAUAACCAAACAAUCAACCAAAAUAGCCAACGACAUGCUAGACAACAUCAUGUCGGGCUAACUAGCAUGCUAACAGUGUGCUAAGCUAACCGGCAUAUUGCCCAACAAACAGCAUGUUAAGCUAACUAGCAUGCUGCCACUUAGUCUUCACCAUCAGCACGCUAAUCAAUCUACACACCAGCCACAAGUCUCUAUAACAUCAGAAGUUAACAUUCACACGGUUUUACACCAAAGAACCAGAUUAAAGAAAGACUUUAAGGAAAUAGACACAUAAACUUUUGCUGUUUCUUUAAACUUUGCUCAGAUUCACAGAACUAGACAAGAUCCUGAAGUCUCCAAAGAUCCCAAAUCUGUCGGAUAUCUGAAGCUGUUUAAUGUUUGAACUUAAGAGAUUAGAAAAGUCACAAUGUUUGAAUUAAGUUCAGCUUCUCAAACGGGUGCAAACAGUCGAUUGAUUAGUCGAACAACAGAAAACUAUUUUGAUCCGUCGUCUGGUAUGAGCUGGACGGAGCGCAGCGUCAGGCGAGGCAGCCUGCACAGAGGACAGAGAGUGGACGAAGACGAAGGCAUGGAGGACAACUCCCUGUACGGCGGCAGAGACACAGUGCGGGACUUCAGAGUGUGUGUUCGGAGGACGGAGGCAUCAGAGCGCUGCAGGAUAAAGGGAGACGGCGUCCUGCGACCGGGCGUGGACACUCUUCAGCUGCUGGACAAGACAGGAGACGUCCUGUUCACCUGGCCGUACAGAUUCCUGCGCCGCUUCGGACGAGACAAGUCCACCUUCUCCUUCGAGGCGGGUCGGAGGUGCGACUCCGGCGAGGGGAGUUUCGAGUUUGACACCAAACAGGGGAACGUUUUAUUUCAGGCUGUUGAAGCCGCCAUCAACAUGCAGCGUCUCUCUGUCCCCCACAGACAGACCUCUGGGGGGGGCCAGGUGAGUCCAGAGAGCUCCCAGAACCUGAGCCUGCCCCUCACCCCGCCUGUGGUCCAGAGCAGGACGCCACCGCCUCUGCUCCGCAGCCAUAUCCCACAAUCCUCUGCAGCGCAGGCAGCUGACUGUGUGUACAGCAUGGUGACUGAAACACCACAUUUUCAGAUGAUUCAUCAUAAAGACAAAGAGCCGCCGCAGCAGCAGCAGCAGCAGCAGCAGCCGCAGCAGCAGCCGCAGCGCCCCCCGCUGUCUCGUCUCGAGCCGCCGCUCGACAAAACCCUGACGGGGGUGAAGAGUUUGACUCUGGAGACGCGCGGCGUCCCCGUCCCCCGAAAGAAUCAGGUGAAGAUGAUCUCCAGCUGCCCUCUUCCCCACGCCGGCCCCGAGCCGGGCGCCAACCUGGCCCCGGGCCCCGGCUCCAACAAUACCCCGCACCCCCGCCUCAGCCCCAACCUGAGCUCCAGCCCGGAUCAGGCGUACUCCGAGAUCAGCCUGCUCGCCGCACAGCGAAGCACCAAGAGGAACAACAGAGGCGGCGGCGGCGGCGGCGGCAGCCCCCCUGUCAUCGCCCCGGAGCCGGAGUACUCCCUCCCCUUUGACACCAUCGCCAAGAACAUCAUGGCUGACAUCCUGAACGCCCAACAGAAACACGACGCCGAGAUGGGCGCCGACCCGCUGUACGACAGCAUCGACGAAAUGAAAAUCAGAAACAUCUUCCCGAGCGCAGUCGCCGCCCACGCGCCCACGUACCACAAGGUGGAGCACAUCUACGACGAGCCCGAAGGCUGCGCCGCCACCGCCGCCACCAUCGCCGCAGCCGCCGCCGCCGCCAUCGCCGCCAAACAGACACCCGCCGUUCCCCCCUCCGUGUACGACGACCCCGAGGAGAUGAGAGGAGACGCCUGGAGGAUUAUGGGUACGACAGCUGAUCCUAAAGGUCACGAGUAUCCGUACAACCCCCGAGUGGACGACUACGCCGUGCCCAAACGAGCCCAGAGGGCGUUUCAUGCGGAACAGAGCACCAACGAAGAAGACGCAAAAGAAAAAGAAGAAGAAGAAGAAGAAGACAGGGGGGAGGAGUCACAUGAGGAGGAGGAGGAGCAAAAGGAUUCACCGUACAACAACGUGAUGGUGAAGAUGGUGUAAAGCACAAACAUACUAACGAUCAACAUGAUUUAUUAUUAAGGUUUCAUAUUUAAUCAAUAAUCACUGAUUAUAUGUCGAGCUGAGACUAACCAUUAUUAUCUGUUGAAUAUUUUCUCCAUUAAUUGAUUAGUUGUUGUGAUGAGAUGAUGUCAUCACGUGUCUUCAGUUCACUGU